UUAAAGCUACCCAAAAAAAAAAGAGUAGUAGUCUCUCCUCAAAACUCUGUCUCUCUUAACCCAUAUUUUUGUUUCUUACCAAUACCAAUACCAAUACCAUCAUCAUCAUCUCAUUCAAAACUAUAGGUCUCUUGUUUAUGGUGAGCAUGGAGAGGAGGAGGCUAAAUGAUGAGUCCCCAAGUCAGUAUUAUUCACACAGAUCCAUUGAAACCCUUGUGGUGGUGCUUGCUGUGAUCACAAUAGUAGGUGUUGUUGCAGGAAUCAUUGCUCGCUUGUGUGGAGGAAGGCAUUUUGGUGGCAGUGGAGAGCAUGACAUUGAAGGUUGGAUUGAGAGGAAGUGCAGGAGCUGUAUUGAUAGUGGAGUCCCAGCUGCACCACCUCCUCCUCCUCCUCCCCCUGAAGAAACAAAACCAGCAGCAGCAGCAGCUACAGAGGAGGCAAAGAAGUGAAAGAACAACAGAAUUAAAAAGAUCUCUUAUUGUAUUAGCAAUUCUGCAUAAGAUUAUACUGUUUAGUUUUAGCUUGCAUAUUGUACAAUAUUAAUUCUUUGGGUUAUGUUGUACUACUUCUUUGCUUCUUGAGAUUUAUAUGGGUUUGUAGACAUUUUCUUGGUUACCAAUCAAAACCUAGACCCUU